AUGUUGAUAUUGCUACUUUUCCUUCCGACCACUUUCGGAGGAGUGUGCUACCAGUGUGCUUCUGAACUUGCACUAAUUAAUUGGUCUCGCUACGGUCUACCAUACGCGUCAUGUACCAUGUGGUGCUCCUUGUAUGACUAUAAACAUAACCGCCAUUGGAGGAAAGUACGAUGGAAAAGUUAUAGGGAGUUUCCUCUGAAAUCCCUCAAAGAGAAGGAGAGUACUUAUGCGAGGUCGUGCAUGAGACCUUCUUUGAGAAAGCACACUCGUCGGGAUUUUACUGUGAGAAUUCCAGGAGUAGUUCGUGAUUGCCAGACUUAUUUCCGCAGUCCCAAGUCUUUGCCUGAGGGCACUACGCAACUGUGUCGCCAUAGCGAACGAACUACGCUAAGGAAUCAGCGGAUAAAUAUGACUUUUUGCUACUGUCAAGGAUCUCUUUGCAAUGGAAAAGGUUCAACGCAUUUGCGAAGGGCGCCUCAUAGAAGGCAACCUUCUCGCCGAGAUCCGUCCUUGGCUAGUCAGAGUUACUCCAUCGAGUUUCUGUUAGCAUUCAUUGUUUGGGCGUUGAGUUGA